UGGGAUAUGCUUUUAUGUUACAGAUAUAAUUGUAUAAAUUUUGGGUGAUACGAACAAUAAAGUUAUUAUUAUUAUUAUUAUGAAUCGGCAUUAAAAGAACUUCAAAAUAAUCAGAAGGAUAUUAUGUUCAAUUUAAAUGCAGGUAUUUCAUUAACCGGUGAAGUAAUCGAAAAUUUCAAUAAAACUAUUUCUGUCCUCAGAAAUAAUCAAAAAACAAUUUCUUCCCAACUUGAAGGAAUUUCAGGAAAAUUUGAUCAAUUAAGUGAUAACUUUUAUAUGUAUAUUCAGAUUAAAAAUCUCAUGGACCAAAUCGGAAUAUCUAUCAGUAUUAUUAUAGAAUUAAUCGAUGAAAUUGAAAACGCCAUUAGUUUUUCCAGACUCGGAAUAUUGCAUCAUAGCAUUAUUAAAUUUUCCGAAUUAUAUUCAAUUAUCAAUAAAACAAAAAAUUUAUAUGGUUCAAGUAAUCUGAUAUUCGUAGACGAGAGAGAAUAUCACAGAUUUUAUGAAUUGAUAAAAGUAGAUGCAUAUUUUGUUGAAUUCAGAAUUGUUUUCGUUCUUCAUUUUCCUAUUGUACACCCCGAACCUUUUUCUCAUUACCAUUUAUUUUCAAUCCCAACUAUAAACAACACUAUUAUUAUUCCCAAAAAUACCUAUCUGACAAGCAAUGAAAAAUGGUAUCAAUACGCCUCUUCGCCUUGUAUUGAUUUACACUCACUAUAUUACUGCGAAAACGACAAACUCAAUAAUGGGUCAGAAGUAGAAGAUUGCCUGUUCCAGCUACUGCAACUCCAAAAAUCCACUGGUUCCUGCCAAAAUCACCCUGUGGAAACUAGCAAGAACGUUGUCCAGAAGAUUGGUAAUGGAAGAUUCAUCAUGUUAGCUCCAACUGGGAUGAAAAUUCGCACAGUAUGCAGAAGAACCGACGUCAGCACAUUGAAGGGAAACUUCCUGCUAAAUGUACCAAAAGGAUGUCAUUUCGAAAACUCUCAAGAAAAAUUCUACAACGACAGGGAAAUCUUGAAGGGAGAACCAAUGUACCUUCCUCAAAUUGCUGCCGAGUUGAAUGCAACAACCCUAACUGCAUUCAAAAUAAAACUUGAAGAUUUUUCAUUGGACCAAAUACACAAAUUGAAGAAGAAACAAGAGGAAAUUCAACCCUUAAUGGAAAAGCAAAAAAGUACCAAAUCAUUGCAUGAAGUCCUGAUAAUUAUCAUUUAUUUGCUUUUUUUCAUAAUUAUCUCCUAUUUUGGAUCGAGGAAAAUUAAGUCGUGGCUAAGAUCCAGGGUUCCAAGAAAUCAAACAGAAACAGAAGAAUUCCAACCACGAGCAGUUCCACGAAAUCAACCAGAGAGAGAAGAAUCCCAAGCUAGAGCAGUUCCAUUCUUCACUACGUAGACACCUUUCUGAGGAUGGAGGAGUUAUAUAUCCGAGAACGAUGAACUUCGUUGGAAGAUCGCAGGAAGUGCGAUCUCAGCAUCGUCUCAUUUUCCAAGAACUAAGAAAGUGUA